AGAAUCUAAAAACCAUCUCUCCACACUCUUCGUCUUUCCAAAUCUCCUGCUCUUUCAUACUUCUUUUUCUUCUUUUAACUCUUUUCUCCAACCCAGAAAAUCCUAGAGAAAAGCAAAAUGUCACUUACAAUACCUUCAAAUCUCUCAAAACCCAUGUUAAAGCCAAAGCUUGGCUCUUCAUUGACCCCAAGAUCGUCCAUGAUUGUUUGCUCAGCUUCUCAAACACCAUCAACCCAAGAAAAGGACUCAUCUAAAUCUCCACUUCAAGCAUUCUCUGUAGCAUUAGCACUCUCUUCCAUUCUCUUAUCAGCUCCACUUCCCGCCGUGGCUGACAUCUCUGGCUUGACCCCGUGCAAAGACUCCAAACAGUUUGCUAAACGUGAGAAGCAGCAAAUCAAGAAGCUGGAAUCUUCCCUGAAGCUUUACGCUCCUGAUAGUGCACCUGCUUUGGCAAUUAAGGCAACAGUAGAGAAGACAAAACGCAGAUUCGAUAACUAUGGAAAGCAAGGGUUGCUUUGUGGAUCAGAUGGACUUCCUCAUUUGAUAGUGAGCGGGGACCAGAGGCACUGGGGUGAGUUUAUCACUCCAGGGAUAUUGUUCCUUUACAUUGCAGGUUGGAUUGGGUGGGUUGGUAGGAGUUACUUGAUCGCUAUAAGGGGUGAGAAAAAGCCUGCAAUGAAGGAGAUUAUCAUUGAUGUUCCUUUGGCCACUGGCUUGAUCUUUAGAGGGUUCUCUUGGCCUGUUGCUGCUUACAGAGAGUUCGUUAAUGGCGAACUUGUUGUUAAGGACGUUUAAUCUUUAUACAUUCUCAGUCACAGCUCAGGGAUACGGACAAAGACAACAGAUGGUUUCAUUAAGGAGUGAUUUGGUUAGGAGAUUGCUGGAGGGAUCUUGUGGAACAUUUGUACUUUUAUAUUCUGAACAUUGAACAUUAACUUGUAUGUAUCUAAUGCCUGUGUCGGACAUGAGAAAUUGUUUGGCGUUGCUCA